UAAUUUAUCUAUUUUUAUAGCAAGAAAAGAUUCACUAAACGGGCUCUUUUUUUGGGCCUGGCAGUACAAAUUUGUAAUCAAAUGUGGCCCAUACAGGGCAGGGCCUAUGAAAUAUUUCAGGCGUCGUCGUCAUUGUAAUACAACUCAGUGAAAAACUUGCAGGCAGAGAGAGAGAGAGAGGAGAUGGCAAUCAGCGCGACUAUGUUCGGAGCCCUACUGGGAAUGGGGACCCAGAUGUACUCUAACGCUCUCCGCAAGCUCCCUUACAUGCGCCAUCCGUGGGAGCAUGUGCUGGGAAUGGGUUUGGGGGCGCUAUUCGUUAACCAAUUGAUCAAGUUCGAUGCAAAGGCUCAGGAGGAUCUCGACAAAUUGCUCAUCAAGGCCAAAGAAGCCAACGAACGCCGCUACUUUGAUGAUGAUGAAGAAUAAACUUUCGGCAUCAAGAGGCUUUAGGUCAUUUUCUUUGGAUAUUGUGUUUGGAGAUGAUGAUGAAGAAUAAAAGAUGUUGGAAGUGUUAGCUCUUUCGUAUCAUAAUUACUUUUCUGCAAAGAAUUGUUAGCCUAAUUUUGUACUAGGCUGCAUGGGCUUGCGCUUAUUUUAUAUUCUACACACUUUUUCCCUGCAUUCAUCAUUAACAAAAUUAAUGCAAGCAUACUGCGCAAAAAGUUGUGAGAAAA